UCAUUGGAGUAGUAGAAGUACAGAGGUAUGUAACAGCAGAAAACGAAAUACACAAGUACACAAGUAAAGUAUAAGAACCUAAAAUUGGUACUGAAGUACAAAGUACAUUUUCUUAUUAACUUAGUUACCCAUCGGUGCAGACCACAUUUGCAUGUUGAGUAAGCUAAAGUAGGAACUAGGAACCUUAAAGUGUGUUUUCCGACGUCGACGGAAGGAAAUUGAAGAUGAGUUCACUUCCGUAAACGACAAGAGCCCCGUCUUCUAUGGCUGUAGCGAAACACUCGCUACCUUCUACAGUCCUCAUCUAGGGUUUCUUUCAUUUUUUUCCGUGCAUUUUCCUUUGUUUUGUUUUCUCGACAAUGGAUCGCAGCAGAUCACACGACAGAGAGAAAAAACACGAGAAGAAGAAACGGAGAAGAUCCUCUUCUUCAUCUUCAUCGUCGUCGUCUUCCUCAUCCAGCAGCAGGAGUCGAAGCAAAUCGUCCAAGAAAGCAUCGCGCAAGAUUCAAGAUGUGAAAACAAAAACAAAGAAGCGAAGAAGAAGCUCCUCUUCCUCUUCCUCCACCUCUUCUUCCUCCUCGUCUUCAUCAUCCUCGUCCAGCGAUGAAAAGACGAAGAGGAAGAAAAGUAAAGCGAAGAAUAAGAAGACGAAAAAGAAAAAGGCGAAGCUGAAGAAACAGAGGAAGAAGGAGAAAAAGAAGAAAGAGAAGCUGAGGAAGAAGGAGAAGAAGAAAGCAGAGGUGGCGUUGACCAGUCCUCCAGCAGUGAAACCUCCAUCUUACCUGGAGGUGUGGCAGAGUGAUGAAGGGUCAGCGGAGCUCGGACCAGUGAUGACAGAUGAGCAGAAGGCCCGACUCUCCACUAAGAGGCCCCUCACCAAAGAAGAGUACGAGGCCAGACAGAGUGUGAUCCGCAGGGUGGUGGACCCGGAAACAGGACGCACCAGGCUGGUGAGAGGAGAAGGAGAGAUCAUAGAAGAGAUAGUCAGCCGAGAAAGACACAAAGAAAUCAACAAGCAAGCGACCAAGGGAGAUGGGAAUGCCUUCCAGAGCAAACUGCGAAUCAACAGAUAGAAGAUGCUGUGAUCUGCCUCAAUAAGCUGAAUCAGAAUCACCUGUGAUUUAACUGUACAGUAGUGACGGUACAAAAUUAACAGGACUUGUAAACUUGAUGCACACUAAUGGGUUUAAUCCAGGUGAAAGCCAGCAUCUCCUGUAGUCGAUUUGUCUCACUGAAACCACGUUGGUUACAAACGAGACAUAAAGAGAAGCAGGUGAGUUAGUGGGUGACUUGAAUGUUUUGAGUCAGUGGAGAUCUGUUGUACACAAGGAAGAGCUCUCACAUAGUUUGCACUUUCAGUGUGAGUUUACGAAGAUUAAUGCUUAAUUUUCUAUCCAUGUUUUGAAGCUCUUCACUGAGUACAUUUAAGGAUGAAGCUUGACAUGCGCGCGAGUCAGCCUGUCAGAUUUCUGUCCUCAGGUGAUGUGUGAAAUUUUUAAGUUGUGACUUAAUGUUUUCUUGAUUUAAAACAGAGGAUUUACAUUGUUGUGAAAAUCAAACACAUGAAGAAGUUGGCCUAAAUGUUCAGUGUCCCGACUGACCCUGCAAACUGUUUCUUUUUAAAUUUUUGGCUGCAUAUUUUACACCCACUCACAGAUGCCUUCUCACCUGUACAUCUCACAUUUGUUUCUCUGUGCUUCUCUGCUUUUGUGUGAACUGAACCCUGGCAAACAAAGUUUCUGUGAACUGCAAUAAAAAAAAAAAUUCUCCCUUA